AUGUGUAUUCUACGAAACUAUCUUGAUAAAAUAGCGUUGGAUCUCCUAGAAAAACUUCUAACUUUGGACCCUGACCGAAGACUUACGGCCGCACAGGCGCUGGCACAUCCCUACUUUGCAGCCUACCAUGACGAAUCUGAUGAACCAGUGGCCGUUCCCUUCACGGACGAACUUAGAAACAUGGAUAAUCUCACUGUUUCGGAGUGGAAAAGUGAGUUAUUGCUUUGGUUCCUCAUGAGCGUAAAAUAA